AUGACGACAACUUCUAGUUUCGACAUUACGGCUGAUCGCGAAGAGAUACCGUCCCAGACACAUGAAGAGCAGGAUUACAUAUCACGGGUUGGCUGGAGGACGUUGUUUGCCUUCACCACAAACAAACAUGUUGUCGUACUUGUCGGCGGUAUCUUCACGGCGUCCCUCGCUGCCCUUACCAUGCCUGUUUUCGCGAUCCUUUACGGUCUCGUUUCUGGUCAAUACACAAGCUAUGGCAAAGGGGAGAUAGACAGUGACCAGUUUAUCAGCAACAUUGCCAAGCUCUGCAUAAUUCUCACCGGCAUCGGAACCCUCAAUUGGAUUGCGAAUAGUUUAUACUUUAUGUUCCUUCUUGUGUUCGGAGAGCUCCAGGCGAGGAGCGCGCGCGAUAGGGUCUUCGAUGCCCUACUCAAGAAGGACAUGGCUUGGUUCGAUACGCGAGAGUCUGGUAUCACUGCAUUCCUGCCGACACUGCAGAUGCACAUCCGCGACUUGCAGCUGGCCGUGUCGUCUCCUUUUGGAGAGGCUGUACAAUCACUCGUACAGGGGGUAGCAUCCUUGGGAGUCGCAUUCUAUUAUUCAUGGAAUUUGACCUUGGUCAUUUUGUGUACCACACCAGCACUAUAUUUGGUCCAAUCGUUUGUCGCAAGUCGGUUAUCACUGCGUGUACAGGAGCAAGCCAAAAAACUACACUCUGGACUCAAGUACAUCACAACAGCAUUGACAAACAUCGAAACGGUCAAAUGCUUCAAUGGCGAACGCUACGAGCUACAUGUUUUCUCAAACAUCAUCACUCUCGCAGCGAACUCGUACAGAUGGGUGGCCAAUUUUCGCUCGAUUCAGAUCGGCAUCAUGCAGUUCUUUACACUCAGCGUCUUCGUUCAGGGCUUUUGGUACGGCAGCCACCUGGUCGAUAUUGGAGACAGUACUCCAGGGGGAGUCUUUACAACAUUUUGGGCAGUACUCAUGGCAAUGUCUGGAAUGACCCAGAUAAUGCCCCAACUGAUCGUAUUGUCUAAAGGCAAGACGGCGGGCGCCAAAUUGAGCUUGCUCACGAAGCAGAUGUCAGAAAUCGAUCAGCAACUUGAGUCGCAAGGUCGGAGACGACCUGCACGGUGUCCGGGCGAUAUUGAGUUUCGAAAGGUCACAUUCUCAUACCCAACACGAAGGAGUGAAGUUGCUAUUCGUGAUGCCUCGCUGUUCAUUCCAGCUGGGGAAACGACUUUUUUCGUCGGCAAAAGCGGUUCCGGGAAGAGCACAUUAGGCCAACUUCUCGUACGCUUCUACCAGCCUUCUUUGGGACAAAUAUUUCUGGACAAGCUACCACUUGGAGAGUUGGACGUGCAUUGGUUACGGCAAAACGUCACGCUUGUCGAGCAAUACGGCGCGCUGUUCAACGACACUAUCCAUCACAAUCUUACGCUCGGGAGCGUACGCGAUACGGUUGAUAUGCAAGAGGUUCACGACGCGGUCAACUUUUCCAGGCUAGAGCCUUUCAUAAAUGGGCUUCCAGACGGAUUGGAUACCAGUCUUGGUAUAAAGGGUGAUUCGCUGAGUGGAGGGCAAAAGCAGAGGAUGGCUCUGGCUCGAGCUAAGAUUCGAAACUCGCCGGUACUCAUCUUGGACGAAUCGGUUAGUUCUCUCGACUACGUCACGAGGGCGGAAAUGCUCGAAGCCAUACGAAGCUGGAGGAAGGGGAAGACCACGAUCAUCAUUACUCACGACAUCUCUCAAAUUCGGCCUGAUGAUUUCCUAUACCUGCUAGACAAUGCACGGGUAGUGCAAGAGGGAUAUCGAAAAGAGCUGGAGUCUCAAGUCGGAGCUUUCCAAGCUUUCCUCGAUAUAGGGAAGGAAACUGAUCAAGCUCAUGAGGAUGGUAAAUUGGAUAGUGAUGGCGAUCUCUAUACAAGAAACGAGACCGAUGGUAUCACAUUACUGUACGACGAGCCACGAAUGCCUGAAGUCAAUUCGAUACAACGGCCGCUCUCUGCCGUUCACUUUGAACAGCGGAUGCUGGUGCCAUUUCUUGGGAAAGCUCGUGCAUCUUGGGCAGGAGCUGAAAAGGCUGACCUCAUCAAGUACUCAAGACAAUCCGUUCAUACAAAGGAGGGUGAUCGAGGCAGGCAGUCAGAACUAACUUUAACACCCGAACUAUUGGAGAGUGUCGAACCAUCCUGGGAUGUGAUAGAGUUGAAGCAGCUCGGGAGCCCAGACAAGUCACGCUUUACCGGGGAAACGUUCUUCUCGAAAGAUCAUGGCUCAAGGCCAGGCUCUCCAGCUUUCGAAGCCCCACCAAAGUCGGAGGCACAAAUAUGCUCUAUGUCAUUUUCGAAAGAAAUCGAUUCUCGUCCAGUAUCCAGACCAUCAACGCGAUCAGUCUUGCGGAUAGACCCACAUCCACAGCCCCUUACAGUCCGCGAGCUUGUCCCGAUUCAAUUGGAACCACCGAAGAAGCGGCUGAAAAACAACAAGUCUUUUCCCAAGAUUGGCCUCUCUCGUCAAAAGGUUUGGGAGGAAGAAAAUACUUCGACAUCCUCUCUACCUAUGAAGGACAUUUUCACGUCUAUAUGGCCCACUAUAGGCUGGGGCUCUCGUCUCCUUUUCUUAGGAGCGAUGCUUAGCGCGACGAUCCAGUCUGCAUGUACACCGACCUUCGCAUGGGUAUUUGCGAAGCUUUUGAGUACAUUCUAUGAUGCUUCUGCCGAUGACCAACAAGCUCGCAAUUAUGCUCUAGCUAUUCUUGGCAUUGCUGCUGUCGACGGACUUACAAGCUACUUCAUGUUUUUUCUUUCCGAUACAGUGGCACAAACAUGGGCUCUUUCAUUGAAGAAGGAAGCCAUGCGCCGCAUCCUUAUGCAGCCACGAGAAUUCUUUGACAAGGAGGAGAAUAGCAUAUCACGCCUUACUGAGACAUUAGACCACUUUGCUGAGGAAGCGCGGAAUCUUCCAGGGCGAUUUGCUUGUAUCUUCCUCGUUAUCUCCCUCAUGAUCGUCAUCGGGAUUAGUUGGAGUAUGGCUAUAGCAUGGCAGUUGGCGCUCGUUGCUCUUGCAACGGGUCCAAUACUCUUCGCAAUCACCCAAUGCUACAACAUGAUCAGUAGCCGCUGGGAAAGACUAUCGAACGAGGCUGAUGAUAAUGUUGGUCAAGUGCUCCACGAGACGUUCGUCAACAUCAGAACUGUCAGAUGCUUGGCAUUGGAAGGUCACUUCAGAACGAAAUACAACAACGCAACCACCGAAGCAGUGAACGUCGGCAUCAAGCGAGCGAUAUAUUCUGGAUCCAUCUAUGGACUAGCAUAUACUGGGAUUAUCUUUGUCGCCAUAUUACUCUUCUGGUACGGAGGGUUGCUCAUAUCGUGGAACAGGUAUUCUGUCACUGAAGUAAAUGAGUGUUUCUUGGUGCUCAUGCUCAGUGUCAAUCACGUCAGCUACUUGUCAAACUACAUCACGCAGAUCAACAUCUCUCGAGACGCAGGAUCCCGCUUACUACGCCUCGCACGGCUUCCAACAGAAUCUCACGAACUCAUUGGCACAACUCAAAUCCAGUCUGCAGGCAAUAUUUCCCUCAACAAAGUCCAUUUCAGAUACCCAAUACGAAAGGAUGUUCAGGUACUGCACGAUGUUUCCUUCAACAUUCCACAAGGAAGCUGCACUGCUAUUGUCGGUUCUUCUGGCUCGGGAAAAUCGACGAUCGCCUCUCUCCUCCUCAAACUAUACCAAACAGACGGCAAAACAACUACGUCGUCAGACUCUGCGGGUAGCAUGAGCGUCUCAAAUCACAACGUCAAAGAUCUACACACCAUCACUCUCCGUUCCCGGAUGGCAUUGGUGUCGCAGAAGCCUGUCAUCUUCCCUGGUACCAUUGCAGAGAAUAUUGCGUACAGUCUCUCCCCUCCCUACCCCAAGGAAAUCAUUGAAAGUAUUCAUGCAGCCGCUCGUGCAGCCGGUGUAUCCGAAUUUAUCGAUAGCUUGUCGCAGGGCUAUGAUACACUCAUCGGCGAAGGCGGAACAGGGCUAUCUGGUGGCCAAGCUCAACGCAUCUCCAUUGCACGCGCGCUCUUGCGGAACCCUGAUGUCUUGAUCCUCGAUGAAGUGACCAGUGCGCUAGACGUAGCUUCUAUCAACAUCAUCCGCGACACGAUUCUCCGUCUUGUUAACGAUGACAAUGAAACGUCGUCCCCCAUCUCUCCACCACUAUCGCCUCACGCUCGUUCAGGUGGAAUCUGGGAUGGUGUGGAUAAGGACUGGGAUAUCAAAGUUGCUAAGCAUCAAAAACGGAUGGCUGCAAAGGGUGGCGAGAAGGGCAAGCAGCCGAGAAAACGGAUGACAGUCAUUAUCAUCACGCACGCGCGAGAGAUGAUGGCUAUUGCUGGGCAUAUCGUCGUGAUGGAUAGGGGCAGGGUAGUCGAGCGGGGGAGUUUCAAAGAGUUGAAGAAGAAGGGAAGCGCUUUCGAAUUGUUGCUGAGAGGCGUGAGGGAGUAG